AUGGUGUUCUCCGAUGUUGUUCCCCCUCUUCCCGAGACUCGUCUGAAGUCGGUGUCUCACCGACAACUACAGCUGCUGCCACAACAACAAGAGGUGGACCAACAACAACCACAGCUGUGGAGACGACUACAACAGCAGCAGCAACAACAAGAACAGCUGUCUCAACAACAACUACAGCAGCUCCAACAACAACCAUACUGCUGCCACAACAACCACAGCUGCACCAACAACAACCAAAAAAGAUCCAAAGACAACCAAACCUGGAGCUACAACUACAACAGCUGCAACAAUAACUGCAAUAGCUGCACAAACAUCAACCACAGCUGUCGCUAUGACUACAACAGCAGCAGCCACAACAACAUUAGCUGCCUCAACAAUGAUAGCAGCUCCAACGAUGAGAACAGCUUUAACAACUACAGAUAUGCCGACAACCACCGCUGCCCCCACAACAACCACAACUGCCCCCAUGAUAACUACAGCUGGUGCCUCCCAAUCGAAUACAGCUGCUGCCACAACAACCACAGCUGCACAAACAUCAACCACAGCUGUCGCUACGACUACAACAGCAGCAGCCACAACAACAUUAGCUGCCGCAACAACGACAGCAGCUCCAAUGACGAGAACAGCUUUAACAACCACAUAUAUGCCGACAACCACCGCUGCCCCCACAACAACAACAGCUGCCCCCAUGAUAACUACAGCUGGUGUCUCCCCGACAACUACAGCUGCUGCCACAACAACCACAGCUGCACCAACAACAACCAAAAAAGAUCAGAAGACAACCACACCUGGAGCUACAACUACAACAGCUGCAACAAUAACUGCAAUAGCUGCACAAACAUCAACCACAGCUGUCGCUAUGACUACAACAGCAGCAGCCACAACAACAUUAGCUGCCUCAACAACGAUAGCAGCUCCAACGAUGAGAACAGCUUUAACAACCACAGAUAUACCGACAACCACCGCUGCCCCCACAACAACCACAACUGCCCCCAUGAUAACUACAGCUGGUGCCUCCCAAUCGAAUACAGAUGCUGCCACAACAACCACAGCUGCACAAACAUCAACCACAGCUGUCGCUACGACUACAACAGCAGCAGCCACAACAACAUUAGCUGCCGCAACAACGACAGCAGCUCCAAUGACGAGAACAGCUUUAACAACCACAUAUAUGCCGACAACCACCGCUGCCCCCACAACAACAACAGCUGCCCCCAUGAUAACUACAGCUGGUGUUACGACCCAAAGCUGCUCCCACAACAAGCACAGGUUCCGCCACAACAACCACAGCUGCUCCCAGAACAACCACAGCAGCAACAACGACAACUACAGCUGCUGUGCCCCCACAAUAACCACCGCUGCUGCUACGACAACAACAGCAGUGGCUAUAUCAAACACAAGUUCACACACAACAACCACAGCAGCAGCCCCAAUGACAACUACAGCAAUGACAACUACAGGUAUGCCUACAACAACCACAGCUGCACCCACAACAAAUACAGCUGCUCACACAACAACCACAGCUGCUCCCACUACAAGCACAGAUGUUCCCACCACAACCACAGCAGCAUCAACGACAACUACAUCUACGGCUACAACAACCACAGCUAUACAAACCACAACCAAAGCAGCACCAAUGACAACUACAUCUUCGCCUAUGACAACUACAGAUGUGCCUACAACAAUGACAGCUGCUCCCACAGCAACCACAGCAGCACCAACGACAACUACAGCUUCUGCAGCGACAACAACCACAGCUUCCCCCACAUUAACCACAGCUGCAGCAAUGACAAAUACAGCUCUGGCUACAACUACUACAGAUACAGCUACAACAACCACAGCGGCACCCACAACCACCACAAAUGCUCCCACAACAACCACUGCUGCACCCACAACAACCACUGUUGCAACCACAGCAAUCACAGCUGCGCCCACAACAACCACAUAUGUUCCCACAACAACCACAGCAGCAGUAACCACAAAAACACCUACAGCUAUAACAACCAAUGCUGCAGUCAAAACUACCACAGCUGCACCCACAACAAAAAAAGCUGCUACUACAACAACUACAUCAACCACAGCCGUCCCCAGAACAAACUUAGGUGCUCCCACAACAACUAUAUAUUUCCCUUCAACAACCACAGCUGCUCCAACAACAAUCACAGCUGCUGCAACACCCACAGCCGCUCCCACAACAACCACAACUGCUGCUAUGACAACAACAGAUGCGGCUAUGUCAACCAAAACGGCUCGAACAACAACUAUAGCAGCUUCUACAACAAUCACAGCUGCUCCCACAACAACCACAGCAGCAACAACGACAACUACAGCUGCUGCUACGACAACCACAGCACCAACAGCUGCCACCACAACAAUAACAACAUCUGCUGCCACAACAACAAUAGCUGCUGUAACUACCACCACAGCUGGCCCUACCACAACUACAGCUAA